AUGCCACCGACAGGAUUCAAACGCUCUCGGGCUCUCUGGGACCACGCUCGAAGACCAUAUUCGAAUUGGAAAGAUGGAUGUUUGAGCUGGAUGCAAGCGUUUCUAUACGAGCUUCAACCGAUUCGAAUGUCCCUAAUUGACUUUCGGGCUUGGAAGAAGCGGAUUUCUAAUUUGAUUGUUAACGCCGGGGAUUUUGUCACAAAAACGACACCAACCGGGUGCAAGAUUCUUGUCUCUUUUUUGACUCGGCUGAACCGCCAGCAAUGGGCGUUACUUGCUGCGAUUGUGCUGUACUACGUCUUUGUUCGUGUCGUACAUGAUGUUCUGGAAGCUGGACCGAUCGUCCUUAUCUUGACAGCACUUGGUGCUAUUUUUACGGUCGGUCUGAGCGAUGAGGAAACCAAUGGGCUGUCCGCGUACUCCGUUUUCAAUCGCGGCUUUCAACGAAUAAUGGGAUCAGUCGAUCCAGAAGAGCUUCUAGCUCAGCAUGUCGGAGGAGGAAUGAUCGGUAUGCCUAUGGCACAACGACCUCCGCCGCAUCAGAAUCGUCAAAGGGAUAGGCAUCAUCCUCCAAGAGUAGAGCCCGCCGAACCCGAUGUCGCUGUUCCCCCGGAUCACGUCGAUGAACCUGCCCUUGAUGAUAAUGUACACAAUAAUCGCCGAGCUCGUAAAUCCGGCAAAAAAGCGCGCCGAGGUAACCUUGAGCAACGUCGGGAGAUGAGACAUCAGCGAGAAGCAGCUCUAGCAAUGGGAUUUGGUGGAGAU